AAUUGUUUUGUUUACAUUGAUUCAAAAUUCAGACGCAUAACAACAAUCUGCUAAAUGUUUAAACACACUGCCAACCACCUUGUUUGGUUCUACUCUUAACUUAUAAUUUUUAAGAAAACAUCGGUUCCACUGGUUUUUCAGACUGUACGUUUGUUUAUGAGCGGCUGUUGCAGCUGUUGAGCUGAGCUGAUUUCAGUGACAUCAUGGUGAAAGUAUUUGUCAGCCCAGCGGUUGCACAGACAGGGUGGAUGUUUAGAACGGUGACUCUGGGCUGAUCUCUGCGGAUCGAGUCAUAAAGAAUGUUGGAUCAUCACUGAAAACUCAGGAAUCUUCUGCUCCUUCAUGCAGAGAAAAGUGUGUGGACAGAGCAGAAACAUGUCCUGCCACCAUGGUUUCUCAGCUGUGCCCACCAUGCUCCACAUGUGUGUGGUGAUCUGUUUGCUCCCAGCCGCCUUCUCCCAGUCGACAAAGCUCUCAUCAAAGAAAGCUCGUAACUUCUCCAUCCAGUCCUCCCAGCUGCUGUGCAGCUUGCCAGGCCCAGCUGGCCCAUCGGGGAACCCAGGAGCCCCCGGAUCACCGGGGUCCACGGGCCCGAUGGGGCCACCGGGACUGGAUGGUCCAGAUGGAAGUGAUGGAGAGAAGGGAGUAAAGGGAGACAGAGGUGAUACGGGUCGACCCGGGAACCCAGGUAAACCAGGUGUGAAGGGCCGAGAGGGUUUGACUGGAAAAGCCGGACCUCGGGGAUUAAAGGGACUGCGUGGAGCAGCAGGAGGGACAGGAAAACAGGGACAGAAGGGAGAGUUUGGAGACCGGGGUCAGCAAGGAGCCCCCGGUGGCUGUAAUUGCGACAAAGCAGCUCGUUCGGCCUUCUCUGUGGCCGUGACAAAGAGCUACCCAAAAGAAAGAAUGCCCAUCCUCUUCAGCCGGAUCCUGCUGAACGAGGGGAAUCACUACAAUGCCAGUAGUGGAAAGUUUGUGUGUGAGAUCCCAGGAGUUUAUUACUUCACCUAUGAUAUCACACUAGCCAACAAGCACCUGGCCAUCGGGCUGGUGCACAAUGGACAAUACAAGAUCAAGACUUUUGAUGCCAAUACGGGAAACCAUGAUGUAGCUUCUGGUUCUACGGUUCUCCAGCUGAAGAAGUCAGAUCAAGUCUGGCUGCAGAUCUUCUAUUCAGAGCAAAACGGACUCUUCUUUGACCCUUUUUGGACAGAUAGCACUUUUACGGGCUUUCUUAUUUAUGCUGACCAGGAGUUCCUCAAUGAGUCUGACAGAAAAGCAAAUAGUCAGACUGAAAGUUAGUACUGUGAAAAGUCCCCAAGUUUUAAUUUACUUCAUUUCUUACUAAAGAGAGAGAGAGAGAGAGAGAUCAAGAAAUGUUUUAGUGUUAAAUCGCAGUAUUUGAACAGAUUUUGACACCAGGGGGCGCACAAGUAGAGAAAACAAGGACAACCUCUCAACAAAGGGCUCUAGUCUGAGGUAAAGGGUUUUCUGUGUAAUAGUUAUUGAGCGGAGCUCAUGUAAAGUUUGUUUUUAAUUAUAAAUGAUGAAAGAGGAAGUGGCUCCAACAAUUGCUUCUGUUCUUUUAUAUUUGUUUCAGAAGACAACAGAAUAUGCAUGUCAUUAUGUAGUAGAAAUUAAACAAAAAUCUGCCAUUUUGGAAUUCUUACUAGCAACUCUGUUAAUUUCUUAGCGUGUGAGUGUAGCAUAUAGCACUGAAAAAUGCAAAGACAAAAUGACACAAACACUGUAUCUCAAGCAUAUAUUCUGUUGUCUUUAUUUUAUGACUUGCACCUCUUUUUCUGGUUAUAAAAACAAGAAACUUGCACAAAUAGAACACAUACAAUACCAAUAACAUGCAA